GGCGCGCGAGGCACAGCGGGCGCGCGGGCCGGCCCCGGGGCCUCCAUGAUGGAGGAGCGAGCGGCCGCCGCGGUCACUGCCGCCGCCUCCUCCUGCCGCCCGCUGGGCUCCGCCGCGGGCCCCGGCCCGACUGGGGCGGCCCCGGUAUCUAGCCCUGCUCCGGGGCCCGGCCCGGCAGGUAAGGGAGGCGGCGGCGGAGGCAGCCCCGGGCCCACGGCGGGUCCGGAGCCCCUGAGCCUGCCCGGGAUCCUGCACUUUAUCCAGCACGAGUGGGCGCGCUUCGAAGCCGAGAAGGCGCGCUGGGAGGCCGAGCGCGCCGAGUUGCAGGCUCAAGUGGCCUUCCUCCAGGGAGAAAGGAAAGGGCAGGAAAAUCUGAAGACUGACCUGGUGCGGCGGAUCAAGAUGUUGGAGUACGCGCUGAAGCAGGAAAGGGCCAAAUACCAUAAACUGAAGUUUGGGACAGACUUGAACCAGGGGGAGAAGAAACCAGAUCUUGCAGAACAAGUCUCCAAUGGCCCUGUGGAGUCGGUCACCCUGGAGAAUAGCCCGCUGGUGUGGAAGGAGGGGCGGCAGCUUCUUCGACAGUACCUGGAAGAGGUGGGCUACACAGACACCAUCCUUGACAUGCGAUCCAAACGUGUACGCUCCUUGCUGGGACGCUCACUGGAGCUCAAUGGGGCCACUGAGCCUAGUGACACGGGCUCCCGGGCAGCGCCGGGUCCUGGGGGGCUCAGUGGCGGUGAGUCGCUGCUGGUGAAGCAGAUUGAGGAGCAGAUCAAGAGGAAUGCAGCAGGCAAAGACGGCCAAGAGCGCCUGGGUGGCUCCGUGCUGGAGCAGAUCCCCUUCCUGCAGAACUGCGAGGAUGAGGACAGUGACGAGGACGACGAGCUGGACAGCAUGCAGCACAAGAAGCAGCGUGUGAAGCUCCCCUCCAAGGCCCUUGUUCCCGAGAUGGAAGACGAGGAUGAGGAGGACGACUCAGAGGAUGCCAUCAAUGAGUUUGAUUUCCUGGGCUCAGGAGAGGACGGGGAGGGCUCUCCAGACCCUCGGCGGUGUGCCGGAGAGGGGAGCCCACACGAGCUGGAAAGCCGUCGGGUCAAACUCCAGGGAAUUCUGGCUGACCUUCGGGAUGUGGAUGGGCUGCCCCCCAAAGUGACUGGCCCACCUCCUGGCACACCCCAGCCUCGGCCCCACGAAGGUUCCUUUGGCUUCUCCUCAGACGUCUUCAUCAUGGACACUAUCGGGGGCGGGGAGGUGAGCCUGGGGGACUUGGCAGAUCUCACGGUCACCAACGACAACGACCUCAGCUGUGAUCUAUCUGACAGUAAGGACGCUUUCAAGAAGACGUGGAACCCCAAGUUCACCCUCCGCUCGCACUACGACGGCAUCCGCUCCCUGGCUUUCCACCACAGCCAGUCGGCGCUGCUCACCGCCUCUGAGGACGGCACACUAAAGCUCUGGAACCUGCAGAAGGCAGUAACAGCCAAGAAGAAUGCCGCGUUGGACGUGGAGCCCAUCCAUGCCUUCCGGGCCCACAGAGGCCCAGUGUUGGCAGUGGCCAUGGGCAGCGAUAGCGAGUACUGCUAUAGUGGAGGGGCAGACGCCCGCAUCCAUAGCUGGAAGAUUCCGGACCUCAACAUGGACCCCUAUGAUGGUUAUGACCCCAGCGUGCUCAGCCAUGUCCUGGAGGGCCAUGGGGAUGCAGUGUGGGGCUUGGCCUUCAGUCCCACCUCCCAGCGCCUGGCUUCCUGCUCUGCCGAUGGCACCGUCCGCAUCUGGGACCCCAGCAGCAGCAGCCCAGCUUGCCUCUGUACCUUCCCCACAACUGGCGAGCAUGGGAUCCCCACCUCAGUGGCCUUCACCAGCACCGAGCCUGCCCACGUCGUGGCUUCCUUCCGCUCUGGUGACACCGUCCUGUAUGACCUGGAGGCUGGCAGCGCCCUCCUCACACUGGAGUCCCGAGGGAGCAGUGGCCCAAGCCAGAUCAACCAGGUGGUGAGUCACCCGAACCAGCCCCUCACCAUCACCGCACAUGAUGACAGGGGCAUCCGCUUCCUGGACAAUCGGACAGGUAAAUCCGUGCAUUCCAUGGUGGCCCACCUGGAUGCAGUCACCUGCCUAGCCGUGGACCCCAAUGGCGUGUUCCUGAUGUCUGGAAGCCACGAUUGCUCCCUGCGCCUGUGGAGCCUGGACAACAAGACAUGCGUGCAGGAGAUCACAGCCCAUCGCAAGAAGCAUGAAGAGGCCAUCCACGCUGUCGCCUGCCAUCCCAGCAAGGCCCUCAUUGCCAGUGCUGGCGCCGAUGCCCUGGCCAAGGUCUUUGUAUGAUGCCACCUGGCCCCGCCCUGGCCACCAUACUGGCUGGGGAGCGGGCCCGGCAGGUGGGGCUGAGGUGGCUCCCAGCCUCACUUUGGAGGUUCAGAGGCCGGGCCUCUCCCUACCUGAGGAGGAGCCUGGCGGUGCUAACAGCCCUUUCUCCAGGAACGCCCUCCUGUGGCUCUCCUUCCCUAAGUACCCAACCUGGGGAUGGGCCCCUUCAGGAAUUGCCCCUCGAGGAUGGCCUCGGGGUUCUGCCCAUGCCCUGACACCCACUCCUGGUAUCCACUGCCUUCUCGGGGGCAGUGCAGCCAGGUCUGAGGGUCCCUGGGGAUCAGUUUUUCUAAGAUGCCAGAAGGUGUCAGGUUCUUCCUUGAGCCUGGCUCCUCCAGACCUUGGGGGAGCUGUGCUGGGAGGAGUCUCCAGGUGCCCCCUCCCCGGGGCCCCUCCCCUGCUUUCCAGACACUAACCAAGCCUCCCUGGCCCUUGGCCCUGCCUGGGGAAGCAGUGCCCGUGACCCUCCUCUGAGGGCGGCCCUCACAGCCCCCCACAGCCCCCAUGGAGAGGGACAGCCUUCUCUCCAGAGGGCCUUCUUGAGCCCCUCCCUGAGGUAUGGAGGGUGGAGUGGGGGCCCCUGGCCCCCCAUAACUCCCUGUAUAUCUGUAUAAUAAAUGGGAUUUUAAUGGCACCCUGCCCCGUUAUCACUAUGUGAUAGUCUGUCAGUCUCCUGGCUCCACACUUGACCUCUAUUUAUUUCACUCUCUUCGUUUGGGUUCUACCCUCUCCACACCCUUGAUCUUCCUCCAGGUUCCUGUUUAUAAGCCCCAUCCUCUCUACCCCUGAACUUGUAUGUGAAAACUUGUCUCAAUAAACCCUUUGGA